CAUGUGAUUCUUCUGGAAACGAAUCGAAGUUAGAGGAGAAUAAACAUCUGAUAGAACGUUCCUAAGCUGAAAAUUAAACAAAUUACUUAUAAAACAUUAAAUCAAUUUUAUUUUAACAUUGGAAUGAAAAUAAAUAUUGUACAAUAUGACUGACAGUGCAGAAGAGAUUGAAUUGUGCCAGAAUAUCGGGCCACAUGAAUUGGUGGAAGUGAAAUCAAAAGCAGUGGUUAAGUUUUCCGCAGUGCAGGUGCCAGUAAGCUUCAAUCGUCUACAAUGUAACACCAAUUUGAAUUUGCCACCUUCUAAUUGGUUGACCACGUCGGACAACAGUGGGCUACACCAGGCGCUGUACCAAUCGCCCGGCUUCGCUAGCUUUAGCAUUGCACACAUGUUUCCCGACUGUGUGGGCGAGGUGGAUGUUGUGACUGAUGCGGAAAACAUAAAACGGCUUCUGAAGAUGCCCUAUACAUCGAAAAGCGCCAUCAGCAUGAUUGUGCAUAAGGUGGGCAAUACAUUGUUGCUAGAUGAGUUCGACAUACAGAAGUACUUGCUGCGUAAAGCCGACGACGAUUGGAAAUGGCUACGUACUUUUAUAUUAGAACAUAUUAUGGCAUAUGGCGAAAAAGAUCACAGCUUCUGUCUAAAAGACAAAUCACGUGAAGCGUUACAAACGAAAAACUUGCUAUCGAAAUUCCUCUACUACAGCUUAAAGCAAUCGGGUGCUGAGGAGCCUGAACAAGAAGCACAACGCACACGACCAGUUUUACCCAUUACCGGUCCAGUAUUACCUGAACCCAAGGUAGAGGAGAACGUGCCAGAUCCCAAAUCGAGUCAUGUCUUCAAUCGGAAUGUGCUCUGGACAUUUGAAGAUAUACGAAUGCUGAUCGGUACUGACAUGCCUAUUUUCGGUGGGCCUAAUCGCCCAUGUAUUAGUUUAAGGUUACGUGAUAUGGCUAAGCCAAUCAAUGUACUAACCGGUAUUGAUUAUUGGCUAGACAAUUUGAUGUGCAACGUGCCGGAAGUAGUCAUGUGCUAUCACUUGGAUGGUAUAGUACAGAAAUAUGAAAUUAUCAAAACCGAAGAUCUACCCUACCUCGAAAACUCCCAGUUUUCACCACAAGUAGUACGCAAUGUUGCACAAAAUAUACUGUCAUUCUUAAAAGCGAACGCAACAAAAUCUGGACAUACUUACUGGUUGUUUAAAGGACGCAACGAUGAUGUUGUAAAACUGUAUGAUCUGACAACGCUCUGCCAAAAAGACACGGAAGCGAAUAGGUGUGAUGAAAAGCAGGAAAAUCCCUUCACUGUGCCUGUGGCAAUGCUUCUGUACACAGUGGCGCGCAAUAUGAAGAAUACGGCUGCACAGAUAACACCGAAGAUGGCGGGUAACAUCAAAGCUUUGCUAGAUAACUGCAUUAAGCUGCUAUCCAAGGAGAAAUAUCCACAAAUCGUAACAUCUUCUCACUAUAUACUGUCCGAUUUACACGUGCCGGCCGGCAUUGACCCCAAAGCGCCGAAAUUCGAUAACACCGAUAUAGAUUCCGAUACGCAAUCUGUGUACGAAGAGGAUGAAGAUGGUGAUUCGGUUACCGAUGAUGAUUUCAAUUUGAAUGACACGCACAAUGAACUCAGUGAAAAUGUCGAACACAGCGACAAUGUGGCAAUGAAACAAAUUUGCGAUACACUCAAAGAAUUAAAUCUGGAAGCACAAAUUAAAAAUGGAAAACGUGUGCCGCGUGCGCCAUCCCCAUUGCAGGCUGGUAUAGAGGAACGUUGCCGCAUUGCAUUGGAGCAUAUUAGCGCCGGCAUAGCGUGUUUGAAGUUUUUCAACACCAGUGAGGAGAAAUUUAUCAAAGAAAGUGAAGUGCGCGCCAAGGAUGAAGAAAAGCAACGCAUACUGCAUGAGGAACAGCAUCCGAAUAUGGCGAAACCCUUCAAACCGAUACCGCUACCCUACGAGAGCCUCAGCAAACAGCUGUUAAAUGGUGAAGCAGAAGCAAACAAAAAUUUGGUUGACGAAACUGCAGACGAUAACCUUUCCGUACAUAGUGAGAAGGCGAAGAAAGGUAAAAAAUCAAAAGCAAAGCGUAACAAGGGUAAAGAGUUGAAAGAGAGUCAAAAUGCAAAGGCUGACGCCAAUCAAGCGCCAGCACAACCACAAGCCGAAGAUAAACGCAUUGCAACAAAGUUCAAUACACAACAUUUCGGCUCUUGGAAUGUGCACUUGAAGUUGCUGUUGCUGGAGAAGGCUUGUCUCACCUAUGCCACCUAUGCAGAAUAUCAUUAUGGUGAGCUGAAGUAUGGUAGAUGUCUAAAGGCUAUUUAUAUGGCCUACCGCUGUCAGCAGGUGGUGUUGAAAUACAUGUCCGACAUAGUUUCGCAAAAGAGUUGCUUGCUAGGACGCGCCGGCGAUUGUUUCUACCAAAUGGCUAAGAGUUGGCAGGACAUUGACAGUUAUCUCGCGCAAUUCAACGAAGAAUCGGAAAUUGCACAGAAUAUCGAUAUUGAGUUAGUUAAAGACCUGAAUAGUGACGGCAUCACUGAACUAAUCACGCCAUUGGCAAACCUUGAACACUUAAUGCUUUCCAGCUGCAAAUGUUAUGAAAAUGCUAUUGAUUGCGUCACAGAUGAAGAGGCCAAGAGUGAGUUGUUGCGACGUUUGGGCAACGUGCGCAAUGAGCUGGGUCUAAAAUACAUGUAUUGGGCGCAAGAGGAAUAUGCAAAAGAUAUGGAGAAAAACUCAAAUAAAUCGCCAGACGAUAGUGAUUCAACCGAAAUCAAUAUGUCAGAUAAAAGCCAAACCGACGAAGCUGAGCAAGACGAAACUUCGGAGAAGUCUGAGCAAGGAGAAACGCCGGAGAAGUCUGAGGAACCAGUAUAUAUGAAAUUGGCUAUGAAAUCGUAUGACUGUCUGAUACGCGGCAUUGCAGCGUUUAACGAGGUGCAGGACAAUGUUAAUCAAGCAUUUUUAUAUUGCAACAUGGGUCGCUUUAUGCGUUUUCGUGCGCACUUGCUUCUGCCAGAAGAGAACAUUGACUUCGUGCGAAAACAGAAGAUGUUUUAUAGUGAGGCCUUCUCGAACUACGAAAAAGCCAAAGAAGUGCUGGGUUCACGAAAGUGCAGUGUGGAGCUGUGGGACUUAGUGCAUUGGGAGCUUUCGACUGCCACGUUUACCUUGGCCAAACAGUUACAAGACUUUAGCACUGCUGAUGAGGCUACACGCGCUGAAUUGGAGAAGCAAGUAUUGGACAUGUUGCAGAAAUCGCUCAAACUUUGUGAUUUAGAGCAUACCGGCUCCAGACAGAUACUCUACACCUAUCGCUCUGGUCUAAUACAUAAGCGUAUCGCAUCAUUUUAUUAUAGUCAAUUACGCAAUAGCUGCACUGACCUCGCGUCAAUACCAAAAACCACUUUGCAACUGUGCAAGCAUCACUAUGAACGUGCCGCUGCUAUAUUAGACAGCUUGCGCGAAGCUUAUUUGGCUGUGCAACUUGAACGUAUUUCAUUGCAGGAAUUCUUAGCAGAAAUUUCGCCGCAUAUUGCUCAAAAAGUCAAACACUUGCAGACCGCCUUGGGCUUGUGUCUCAAGUCGAAAGUGGUUUUCGAAUAUGCCUUAACCUCCUUAACCACAAAUAAUACCACAGAGAGCAAGACAACGAAUGAUGAGUUCUGUAAACAUAUGUUAUUAUUUGAAAGUCGUUUGCAAAACACACUGAAAACAUUGAUAAAAAUGCUGCUCAACGGCAAGGACCCCAAAAGAUUAGUAGAACUUUAUAAGAAAAUGUAUAUGGCAACGUUGACGUGCAAACGCACAGCUGAGCAGCAGCAGAGUGCGUCCAUUGAACAGUUGGCGCAGCACUAUGCCACUUUAAUGGAGCGCUUAAAUGAGCUGCAGCAGUCACACAUGCCGAAUGCAGCUGAGAAGCUUUAAGCUGCUGCUUCUGCCUGUUAUUAUGCUACAACUAAAGUCUAAUUGAAUCAUUUUCCUUAUGACUGGCUAUGAAAUCGCGCAGCGCUACGCAAGUUGUAAUUAAUUUUAAGUGAUUUUGAAUUGCUAACACGUAAGCUUCCGGUCAUCGUUACUGAAUUAAAUUCGACCUUUGUGCAGAGACCCUGGUGGUAACAAUAAAUUAGAAUUGUAAGACCACGUGUGAAAUGAGUUA